AUUACUAUUAAUGUUUAUACAAUUGGUUAAUAAAUCCGGCCAACUGGCCGGGCCAUGAUUAGUGAUAUCUAUAGAGCGUGGGAAGAAGGGAAAAGUAAGAAAAGUCAGAUGUGGAUAUACAUACAAUGGGCUGGUAACUGGUAACAUUAAAUCAGACCUCAAAGCCAAGCCAGAUCCAAGGAAUUAAAUGGGCCAUUCACAUGUGAAAGUUGAGUUAAGCCGCGCGGCGGGGUAACGACGUACAGGCCCAAAAAAUAAAAACACAGAUCACCUCACCUCCCAAAAUUUUGGAAUUCAAAAGUAGAACCGAAGAUGGAUCAGUCACGGUAAUGAGGCAGCUGGGUUGCCUUUAAUUGGAGUCAUGAAAAGCGGCGUUGGGGGUUAGCUUAGCCGCCUGUGAUUCACAUAAAUAAUCAGAUGGCUGCUUUCUUUCUGGAAAACCAGCUAACUAACUAGCUCUAUAGCUGAAGGUGAAUGUGGUGAAACUGAGGACGCGCGUCAUUACUCCACUGCAUGCGAUUGCAGGCUCCUCCUCCCUCCUUGGAGCUCUCAUACUCUAGUUCUAGUAUAAUAUAUAUAUAUAUAUAUAGUCACAAAAACAGCGAUUUCCUUUUGCUAGCUUGCAUCCAUCCAAACAAAAACAGGACCAAAGAAACAAAAUUUGUGACAACCCUUUGUCCCUCUUCCCAAAUCCCAAUACACUGCAGAUUCGUAGCGUUCAUCUGUUUGGGUUUUCUUUCCGCAUGUAAAUUCUCAGCUUUACUAUACUAGUUAGUUGUGAUGGAUGGUGCUAAUUAAAUAUAUGUGCCACUUUGUUAAUUGCUGUUUGUUUGUUUGUUUCUCUUGUCUGUCCUUAAUUUGCAGGUGGAGGACCCCCCCUCCUCCCAGUAGGAGAAGCUAGCUCUGAUCUGAUCUGAGGUGCAGCAGGAAAGAAAGUUUAUCUAUCUAUCUAUCUAUCACAAACGUAACUCAAAGAGGGAUUUAAUUUUGUCAUCUUUUGCACAUCUCUAGCUAGCCAGCUAGCCCUGUCAGCAGUCUCGAUCGAUCAUAUGGAUAACUACUCGGACCUGCAGGACUACACUACUUCCCUGCACCCUCCCACGGGAGAACAAGGUCAUGAUGAGGACAUGAACAACAACAACAACAACAAUAGCUGCAGCAGCAUGGAUCAGCGUUUCCUCCUCCACAACCACAACCAAUCCAUGUCAUCAUCACCAUCUGGUUUGGAGAAGCUGAUGAGCUUCGCCGACGUCAUGCAGUUGGCGGAUUUCGGGCGCCCCAAGAUGCCCGUGAACCACCACUACCAAGACAAGGCGGCGCCGGUGGGGAACAGCAUGGAGGAUCCCGUCUACUUCCUCAAGUUCCCGGUUCUCAACGACCGGAUAAUUACCAACACUAAUCACAUCGAACAAGAACAAGAACAAGUCGAUGAACGUCGUCAACAGCAACAACUAAUGAUGAAGAUGAUGUCGUCAGAAGCUCCUCCUCAGAUGAUAAGGCUUGAUGGCGUUACGACUAGGGUUUCGGGUAGCAACAACGCCGAGGCGUCGGAGGGGCAGCUGCUGCAGUUUGUUGCUAAUAAUGAUCAACAAGCGGGUGGUGGUACAAUAAGUAUUGUUCCGGAAGGAGCAGCGGUGGCGGUGGCGGCGGCCAAGAACAACAACAAGAGGAAGCGGGCGCCGAGGAGUAUAAAGACGAGCGAGGAGGUGGAGAGCCAGCGCAUGACUCACAUCGCCGUGGAGAGGAACCGCCGGAAGCAGAUGAACGAGCACCUCCGAGUCCUCCGCUCCCUCAUGCCCGGUUCCUACGUCCAACGGGGAGAUCAAGCGUCGAUAAUUGGAGGAGCAAUAGAGUUCGUGAGGGAACUGGAGCAGCUCCUGCAGUGCUUGGAAUCACAGAAGAGGAGGAGGCUGUACGGGGAAGGAGCAGGACCAGCUGCUGCUGCGAAUAUCGGAGCUGACAGUAAUCAUAGCAAUUCCAUUCACCAUCACCAACUGCACCCAUCAUCACCCAGCUUCUUUCCUACACUACAUGGUGGUGAUGACGACGACGAUGAGGCCGCGGCCGCUGCGUUAGUGUGCUUCGACCCCUCCUCCUCGGGAUUUGUAGUGAGGGAGGAGACGGCGGAGAACAAGUCCUGCUUGGCUGACGUGGAGGUGAAGGUGUUGGGGCUCGACGCCAUGAUUAAGGUGCUGUCGAGGAGGCGGCCCGGCCAGCUGAUCAAGGCGAUUGCGGCGUUGGAGGAUCUGCACCUCAACAUCCUACACACCAACAUCACCACCAUCGAGCAAACUGUGCUCUAUUCCUUCAAUGUCAAGGUUGAAAGUGAGGGAAGGUUCACGGCGGAAGAGAUAGCGAGCUCUGUGCAGCACAUAUUUACUUUCAUUCAUGCCAACACCACUAGCUAGCUCUAGCUUAGCAGCAUGUGAUUGAUCCAUCAUGACGCGCCGCCCCGUGUCUCACUACCUACACAUGCGAUAUCUCUAAAGAUUUUUUUUUUUUUUGUGUUUACAUUUUUUUUUCCUGAAUUAAGGACAGGAUUCAUAUAUUUGAUAUAUAUAUAUAUAUCUCGAGAUCUUAACGAAACAGAAUAUAUUGUGAUAAUUUAUAGAUAGUUGGAUUUCUUUUGAUGGGGGAUUGAUCGAUCAAUCACGAUAUUACGAUCAAUCACGGUAUUUUGACUAUAGAAAUUAAAAUUUAAAAGGAAGUUGGAGAUAUUACGAACAUAUACGUACACAACAUCGUUUAAUUUCGCUGGCAAGUACGUAGGUAGGUACCAUACAAACUAUACUCAACAUACAUUAUUUGUGUUCCUUGAUUGAAAUUCACCAACAACAUCUUAAUUAACUGCUAUCUUUCACUACAUUAGUCAGCAAGAGAAUGCAAUUUGUAAAUUGUAGGAAUAGUAAAGACACAAUAAGAUAGUGUAAACUGUCAAAGCUAUCUGUAGCUACGUAUUCGGAAAAUUAAAGUAUACACAAAUUGAGGCUUAUAUCGAGGGAAGGGGUGGGAGUUUUGUAUAUUUUGACUGAGCACUGCCUGCAGCAGCCACGUACGUAGGUGUUGUUGGCUUGAUCUCUGGAUCUGGCAUUUAUCAGCCGAGGGCUUUGACUUUUGCAAAUCGGGACAGGACAGAUGGUGACUUCAAUCCUUGUACGCAUAUGCGCGCAUGAAAUUAUGAAGAAUCCCAUCUGCCUCUUCAAUUCAUCACCCAUCGCUUCGCUGGAGAGAGAGAUUGAAGUAUUGGAGCUAGGAAGGGUGCAGAGUGACAAAUAGUACCAAUGUUGAUUUGAUUUGGCUGGAAGUGGGGAUGGAGGAGGUGAUAGAAAGGAAGGUCAACCAGCAGGGAGACUUUUGUCUCCACCAUGCAUGAGGUCAACGUUGACUUGUCAGAAUUUGUUUUCAGGCUCAGCUAGCUAGCUGGUUCUACUUGUACUGCAUGCAUAUAUAUUAUUAUUAAUUAGGCCAUACCAUUCGCCUUUCUGUAGUGUAGGGUAUCUGUCUCCUGCUCCUGCAUAUUGCUUUGUUUUGUUCCGCUUUUGGAUUUUUGCAUAAUCCAUGUGACCGCUUCUCAAAUAUAUGGAAAAUAAUAAUAAUAAUAAUAAUAAUAAUAAUAAUAGUAGGUAGGGAUUUGGAGAGACUCAUAAUGCAUCCCCACUCCAACCUUCCAACAAUGUGAAUAAUAAUAAGGCAUUAAGGCUGUC